UGAUUAUCUCGGACAUUUCUACAGAUUCUACUAUUCAUGUAUUGGGGAUUUCUAAGUGAUUAAACCAAUACAAUCUUAGUCUUUUUAUAAAUUGUCUAUAAUCCAUCUCCGGAAAAAUGCCCGGUAUCAAGGAGGCCUCUCCCUCGGGUUCUCCCCCAGCGUCUCGUAAACGGAAGCUAGACGAAGGUCCGGCUCUUGAAAUCGAUUUAUCUGCACCAGAGCCUCCGUCGAAGAAGGCACUUAGAAAGGCGAAAAAGAAGGGAGCAGCAGCGCAAACCACUGAACAAUCAACCACACCCCCAGCUACAAAACCCAAAUCCCCGGAACCUGCCGACAAGCCGUCGAAGCGGUCUAGCUACGGAGUUUGGAUAGGCAAUCUACCCUUCAAUGUGAAGAAGGACGACGUCAGGGUAUUCUUUACCAGUUCAGGCUCCUUGAAAAAUGAGGAGAUCACGCGGAUACAUUUGCCCGAGGGCAUAAAACAAAAUGGCAAACCUCAAAACAAGGGGUUCGCCUACGUGGAUUUCACCACCCAGAAGGCAAUGGAGGCUGCAAUUGCGAUGAGUGAACAGCUGAUUAGUGGUCGUCGGGCAUUGGUUAAGAAUGCGAACAACUUUGUGGGAAGGCCCGACAAGCCAAAGGACGAGGCUGCUGGAAAUAAGACUUCCAACUCCACCGUGCAUGCUCCCUCCAAGCGGGUGUUUGUUGGCAAUCUUGGAUUUGAUGUGACCAAGGAGAUUUUGGAAGAACACUUCAAACCAUGCGGGGUUAUUGAGAGCAUACAAGUUGCGACGUUUCAGGAUACUGGCAAGUGCAAGGGCUACGCGUGGGUUGAGUUUGAGAGUAUUGACGCGGCAGAAGCUGCGAUGAGGGGGUUCGUGCAUGUUCCGGAAGAAGAAGAAGAUGAUGAUGAUCAUGACGAUGACGAUGAUGAGAAAAACACGGACAGCUCAAAUGAAGUUGGGGGAUCCCGUGGCGAGGAAUCCCAAAGUAAAGCGAAGGCCAAAAACAAGAAACCUACGACGAAGAGGGUAUGGGUUAAUCGAAUUAUGGGCCGCCCGCUACGGAUGGAGUUUGCGGAAGACAAGGCAACCCGGUAUAAAAAGCGGUUUGGAAAAGAUGGAACGUCGAAGGAUAAGUUCGCCACAGAAUCCGGAGGCGAGGAGCAAGUCAGGCACAAUGGUAUCGAACCUCCUGCAAUUGAGGAAGUGUCUGAGAAGAAUACCAAGUCAUUCCAAAAAUCGAGAGCCGGAAAGGGUCAGGGGAAUUUCAAGAAAGGCGGACCAGCAAGAGGGGGCCGAUAUACGCAAGACGUUGUCCAGAGGCUUAGCGGAGCUAUUGUCGAAUCUCAGGGCAAGAAGACGACGUUUGAUUGAGUUUGCUGUUUUGCUCUGUUUUGAAUACAUAUCCUCUACACCUUAGCAUUGUGUCGCCAUAGGUUACGAAACUUUUUUGUUGCUAUAUUUGUGUUUUCUCUAGAUAUCCUCCUAGUUUAGAUUCUCGUGUUGUUUACCUUCUAAAAUAAUCGUCAAAUAUUUUUCCACCAUUUUAUAGUACGUUUAGCAAAAAAUGCGGCUGAUGCAUUUCCA